AUGAUUGCAUGCGUUGGGUCGACACCUCGUCGGGGAGAGGUGGUUAAGCCUGUCGGAUUUGACCGGUCUGGCGGCUCUUUUUAUUCAUCGUCGAGUGAGCUCGUCUUCGGGCUGUCUGCGCGGCCUCCGCCUCACGGUGCGAGAACUGGCCACCUAGAUGCACCCUCAGUCGCGACACUGGCACCUGCUGGACUAUGUCGUCGUCCGGAGACGAGACCGGCGGGAUGUCCUGGUGACAAAGGCGAUCCCGCGUGUCGACAGGUGGACCAAACAUCGUCUCGUCAUCUUCAAGAUGCAGGUUCGCCUUCAGCCUCGCAGGGCACCUCAAGGUAAGUGACCCCCAGACAAGCUAAAUAGUGCUUUGUUGUCUUUGCCUGCUCACCAUCUCCAUUUCAGCAAUGAACUAGCUCAAAGCCCAACCAACCUUCCAUUCGUCGCCGCUGCUGCCGACGAGAACGCCUCCGUGGAGAAUCGGUAA